CUCGCCGCACACACUCCUCCCUCGCCCGGCCCCCACGAGCCGGAGCUGAGGAGAUCCCCGAGGGACACCUCAGGCCGAGGGUCACCUCCUCAGGCUCAGGGUCACCACAGGCCGAGGGUCACCAAGCCUCCGCCAUGUUCUACUACCCCAAUGUCCUGCAGCGCCACACGGGCUGCUUUGCCACCAUUUGGCUGGCGGCCACCGGGGGCACCCGGCUGGUGAAGAGAGAUUACAUGAAGGUGGACGUGGCCGGGACCUGUAAAGAGGUCCUGCAGUACGUGCUGGUCCAGGUGCCGCCCCCGCAGCCCGACGCCCCCCGGCCCCGCUUCUCGCUCUACCUCUCCGCCCAGCUCCAGUAUGGCAUCAUCCGCGUCUACGUCCGUCAGUGCCAGUACCUCGUGGAGGACAUCCAGCACAUCUUGGAGCGUCUGCACCGGGCCCAGCAGCAGGUCCGCAUCGACAUGGUGGAGCCGGAACAACCCGGUCUCCUGCUGCCUGACCCGCUGGCUGCGAUGGAGGCCUUGGAGGCCGCCCCGGACCCGUACUUCGGCGUGAUGACGGUCGACCCCGAGCUCCCCGACCCCUACGACAUCCCCCAGAUCCGCCACCUCCUAGAGACCCCGGCCCUGGAAUGGCCCGCUCGGAUCCCGGACCGCAAGCCAGCCAAGGUCCCGGUCACCACCCUGACCCCCGAGGCCAUCACCCUGCAGGAGAUGGAGCCGAUCCAGGUGCUGCCCAUCGAGGAUGAGCGGGACAUCCCGGAGAUCUCCCACGCCGACCUGGACCUGCUCCUGGCCCAGGAAGGGGAGCCGGUGCUGGCCAGGGAGAGGCCCCCUCGGGAGCGCCCCAGGAUGGCACCCCCUCGGGCCCGCAGAGAGCCCGAGGAGGAGGAGGAGCUGCGAAGACGCGAGGAGGGAAGAUCCCCCCCGCUCCUCCCUCCGUCCCCGCCCCGGCUGAGGGAGGAGCCGGAACUGCCCGCGGAAGUCCCCCCGGAGCCCGAGAGACCCAAGCUGCUCAUACCCGAGGCCUACCCGCCCCCCCCAGAGGUGACGCCCCCGGUGACUCUGCUCAUGCCCCCGGUCUUGGGCCCCCGCGAGGAGCGGGUCGUGCGCAGCCCCGAGCUGGAGCUGCUGGAGGCCGUGCCCGCGGUGCCCCGGGGUCGCGCCCGCCCCCGCCGCCAGCUCCAGUUCUCUGACGUGGAGACCCAGAUCCCCCGGGAUGAGUUCCAGAGACAGAUCCGGCAGACCGGGGCCCACACCCGGGACCCCACCCUGGUGAAGCCCCCCCAGCGGCAGGGGAGGACCCCCUCGGACCUGCUGGGAGCCCCGACCUACGCCAAAUGGCUGCCCCCGGAGCUGCUCGACCUGUGGACCCGCUGCGCCCGGCCGCCCCCUCGCCCGCGGGAGCCGCCCCCGCCCCUGGAGCCCGAGGAGGCGGUUCCCGAAGAGGAGGCGGAGAGGAGGAAGGCCGAAUCCAUCAGCGAGGUGGAGGCCAUGCGGGAGGCCCUGGAGCCCAGUGGUCCCCUGCUGCUGUCUGCAGAACUCUCUCUGGAGACCCUGGAGGAGGAGAGGCUCCGGCCCAGCCUCGUCCCCCCCGAAGAGCGAUGGGGGCUAAACGAGAAGGAGGAGCCGGCGCUGCCCGUGGUGCCCGAGCUGCCCGAGCUGCCCCCGGAGCUGCCCCCGGAACUGCCCCCGGAGCUGCCCCCGCAGCUGGAGCUCCUGACCCGGGAGGCCGUGCUCAGGAUGGUGAGCGCGGAGCUGAGGACCACGGACCGGACGGGCUUCCACAACCUGGUCCCCCCAUUUGCCUCCCGGCCGGUGGCCGCAAGAGUCUUCAACUUGCUUUUAGUGCUGGCGGGACUGCGGAUUCUGCGUGUGGAACAGCGGGAGCCGUACGGGCCCAUCCUCAUCGGGCCGGGGCCCCUCUUCCACCUCUCCCGGGACAAGUAGGAGCGGGAGAGCGGG